AGAUAAUUAAAAUGAUUUUCUUGUUAUUUAUAUUAUUUCCACUCUCCGUUCUCUCUUUUGCUCCUUUCCAUCCACCACCACCACCACAUGGUCACGGUCAUCACCCAUUUCCAUCAGCAUUAAUUCGAAAUGUUUCUGUUCCCGCACGUCGCCAAUUCUUUCAAAUAAUUUCCUCAAAUGUUACAAAAGAACAAAUUGAAACAAAAUUGACUGGUUGGGCUAAAGAUAAUGGGUUACAAACAGAAUAUGACAAUUACACACAAACUGUUCAACAACAUAUGAAAACUUCUUAUGAUAAUUUGAAUAAAUGGCUGGCUGGAUCAGCAUUGACUUUGUACAACAAACUUUGGGAUAUUCGCCAAAAUAUGGGAAUAACACGCACUGAGGAAUGCCAACAGAUACAUCAAUUGUUAGAGGCUGCUGAUCCCCCACUUCGUUGUCUUGUGCCUGCCCCUCAAUCUGUCAUUCCUGGACCCCCUCCUCCCAACUGUUUUCAUCCUUUUAACGGGCAUAAUGAAGGAACAACUUUGCCCAGUUUGAAAUUGGAAGAUGAGGAAAUUUUAGAGAAUAAUUUUGGAAAUUCUACAACGAUUGAACCAGAAGAGGAUGAUGAUAAUGAUGAAGAAGAAAAAUAA